UGGUGCGCAGGCGUGGGCCGCCGCGGCCGGGCUCUUCUGCGCAAGCGCCCUGCCCGCUUCCUCGGGGCGCACGCUCCGGAGGCAAUAAAUUUCCCUGCGGGGUUGGGGGGCGGCAACCACAGUAAGCCUCCCGGAAAGGGAGGCAAAGACGCCACCGUCGCGCACCGAGUGGCCUUGUUGGCUUUACCUUGGUUCGCGAUCGCCCUUAGUUACCUCGUGAGCCGCUCACGGGGCUCAGGCAGGCCGACGGAGGACGGCACAGAGCCUGCGCGCGUACGGCGGCCGGAAGGGGCUAGAGGCGGUGCCCUGGGUGACAGCCGCGCGCCCCUCCUUUCCCCACGUGGCCGCGAAGACCGGCUCCGGAGCACACAUCGGCUGCACGCCAGCAUCAGUGCAGCGAAGAUGGCGUCUAAGCGCAUCGCCCAGGAGACCUUUGAUGCAGCUGUGCGUGAGAACAUCGAGGAGUUUGCAAUGGGGCCAGAGGAGGCGGUGAAAGAGGCCGUGGAGCAGUUCGAAUCGCAAGGGGUUGAUCUGAGCAACAUCGUAAAGACAGUGCCUAAAGUCUCUGCAGAUGGACCCCAGGAGCCCACACAUGACGUCCUGCAGACACUCAGUGACCUACAGGAGUCUGUGGCCAGCUCUCGCCCCCAGGAAGUGUCAGCACACCUCACCCGCUUCUGCGACCAGUGCAAGCAGGACAAGGCCUGCUGUUUCCUCGCAGCCCAGAAAGGGGCCUACCCCAUCAUCUUUGCUGCCUGGAAGCUGGCCACUGCAAGUGACCAGGGCCUUCUGCUCCAGUCCCUCAAUGCCCUGUCAGUGCUGACUGAUGGCCAACCAGACCUCCUGGACACCCAGGGCCUGCAGCUGCUGGUGGCCACACUGGCCCAGAAUGCCAACGAGGCCGACCUGACCUGUUCUGGGAUCCGCUGUGUACGUCAUGCUUGCCUGAAACAUGAACAGAAUCGGCAAGACCUGGUGAAAGCCGGCGUGCUGCCCCUGCUGACUGGCGCCAUUGUCCAUCAUGGCCACCACGCCAACGUGGUCAGAGAGGCCUGCUGGGCCCUGCGUGUCAUGACCUUUGAUGACGACAUGCGUAUGUCCAUUAGCCACGCCCACAACCACGCCAAGAUGAUUGUGCAGGAGAACAGAGGCUUGAAGGUGCUGAUUGAAGCCACCAAAGCGUUCCUGGAUAACCCUGGCGUCCUGGGCGAGCUCUGUGGAACCCUGUCCCGCCUGGCUGUCCGCAACGAGUUCUGCCAGGAGGUCGUCGACCUCGGGGGCCUGAGCAUCCUGGUGUCCCUGCUGGCUGACUGCAAUGACCACCAGGAGCUCGUGAAGCAGUUGCUGAGUGCCCUGCGAGCCAUCGCAGGCAACGACGACGUAAAGGACGCCAUCGUCCAUGCUGGCGGGAUGGAGUCCAUCGUGGCUGCCAUGACCCGGCACCUGGCCAGCCCCCAGAAACAGGCUUGUAUGCUGAUCCGAAACCUGGUGUCCCGCAGCCGGGCCUUCUCGAAGCCCAUCCUGGACCUGGGGGCUGAGGCACUCAUUACAAAGGCCCAGUCGAACCACCGCAGCUGUGAGGAUGUGGCCAAGGCCGCCCUGCAGGACCUGGGUUGCCAUGUUGAGUUCCAAGAACUGUGGACUGGCCAGAGGGGCCACCUGGCGCCAUGACCCCAGGCUCAGUCUGGGCUGCGACUCAGGAAUGGAGGUAGAUCCAUGUCCGCCACUGUCCCCUAUUAGUUUCGUCCCCUUCACAGUAAGAAGUGUUUUCCGACAGGCCCUAGGUAAAGGGUCAGCAGAGGGGGGAGCCUUGUGGGGGCAUCUACACAGAAGGAAGCAGCCCCCACAUCCCAGCCACUCCUGGGUCCUGGCCUUGCCUCUCAGCUAGCAGCACAGACACCACUGUCCUGCUCCUCCCCCUGGCCCCAUGCCCUACCAGCAGGGGCAAAGGGCACGUCCCAUCGCUCACUGCCCUGUCUGAAAUGUGGCAGCCACUGUGGGCCAGGCUCAGGGAAGGGCAGACGAUUCCGGCAGGGUUGGGCUCCCUGGCACAGGCUGCCUGCUGCAGGUUCCUGCAGGCCUCUGCUCCUCGUUUUUCUCACCUGUAAAAUGGGUCUCAGAUGCUAUGCCCUGCUUGACCUCAGCUUGUCUCUCUGGGUCCUGGGCCAGCCAGGGUACCUGACAAUAAAAGAUCAUUGAGUGAACAGUG